AUGAAUAAAGACAGCUGCUAUACCUACGUACACAUGCACCGCUCAGGCGACGUGGAUCUGUUUGAAGAUUUCUGUAAAGACAAGCUUCCAGACGAUGAAAUCUAUGUACCUCAUCAACACCAGCCUAUUAACCCUGAAGAUGAAGACGACGUCGUGCCAGAUCAACAUGCCGCGUUUGGCAUUCAACGCGCGACACAACGCGUCAAGGAGCCGGCUUGGAAAGAUCUUGGUCUUUCCGGAUUAAUGAGCCAAGGGCCUCCGAAAAAUGGGAAGAAAAAGGGAGCUUCGUCUUCUAAAGCCCUUCCAAGAUAA